AUAGCUGAUUGGCCAACAAGUGCUAUCCCGACAUCCCUUUAGUGCUACUUGAUCUGUAAACAGGUGGGAAGUACCGCAAUUACUCAACUAGCGCAGGAGAAGGAACUGUUCGAGUCCUGAAAGACUAUAAGCAGGAGUUAUAUCCCACACAAGAAGACUACAAUGGGAAAGGACAAGAAUGGAAUUUACAGAUGGGGAUGCAGAAACUGUGAAGAUUGCACCGAAUUUCAGCCAAGCGGCAACAGUGUAAGGUGUGACUACUGUGAGUGCGCUCCUAUCAAACACAGCAAAGACCAAGGCACAUCUCUGCAAGCUCCAGAGUCAACCACUUCUCCUGUCCCCCAAGAACCAACAACACCUCCCCGAGAAAGGGACAGUUACAAAAGAGCUCAAGAUAGCUCCACACAGCAUCUCAGCAACAAUGCAGACCAUUCGUGGCAACAAGACUCGGGGGAAAGACAUGAAGGAUGCCAAGUGAAUCAACCAACAGACAAGCAGGCAUGUGGAUGUAAUUCGACAGGUGCACAAUACCCAGAUCCAAUCCAGCCUUCCGUCCAAAGUAUCCCCCACACACCAUAUUACUGUAGAGAGCAGCCAAGAGAGGUUUAUUAUGGUCAUCAGCAAGACAGAAGGUACAUAUCAUAUGAGGGAAGAAAAUCAUUCCCUAGACAAGGCGAUGUUCCCCAGACGGAGAGCUCUGGCUAUGAGUCGUACAGUGGAGGAAGGCUGCCAAGAGAAGCUGUCUACAGCCAUCAGCAUCAGACCAGACCAGAGAGGUUAUUCAACCAAGGAACCAGUAACCCUCAGACGAGCUACCUUCCUAGGGGUACCUAUCCUUCCUACCACCAUGAGGUUGCUUAUCAUCAACAGAGGGGCUCAGAUGAGUUGGCAAUUGGGCCAUCAAAGAUAGACUGCUAUGCUGUGAUGCUGCAGGAGCGUCUCAGAAAUCUUGAGGAAGAGCGGUCCAGUCUCAAAAAUGAGUUGGAAAAUAUCUUUGUUUUGACCAUGCCUGGCAUGGAUAUAAAACCAGGCACUGAAUCCCCCAAGUCAACAAACCAGGCUGCAGGUUACAUCAUGGGUAAACCAGACUGGGAGCCAUUGCAGAAGAACAUUCCCAUACUCCCUCCUAACCCCUCUCCAGUGAAAAUAAGUCAGACUUCAGAGUUAGAUCCCUCACAAGAAAAAAAGCUAGUCGACCAAGCUGUAGACAAAUUGGGCGAAGGUCGAGAUGGCUCAAGUGAAAAGCCGGUAGUGAGUUCUGAACAGUCUUCCACUACAGGUGUGAAGGCUGAAGAGGCUAACCCAGUUGCUUGUAUCUCUGGUUCACUGACAGCUAAAAACGACAACCCUGCAAGUGUUUCACUUGAAGAACCAUCCUCACAGAAAACCGUUACUGGCCUUACUCAAGUGAAAAACGACUGUGCAGAUUCAAGGCUGACGGUGACUGAGCUUUCAUUGCCUAGUCCUAACUCAGAGAGGGAUAUUCAGAAUAGUCAAGCCAAGUCGAAUGGCCCACUUGGUAGUCGAGGGACAAACAACUCUAGAUCUGCAGUGCUAACCCCAUCAGUCAGUUGCCAAACAUCGAUGGAGAAACAGGAGUCAGAGGUCAAGGCAAAGCCAGGUCCUAUUUUAAAGCUGGGUCAAAAUUACCCUACGUUCCAUCCAAGAAUCCAUGGCAAAAACAUUUGCAUUGAGCAGGAUGGCAUGACUGCUCACAGUGGCAACAGCUUGUGCAGUGGAAUCUGUUUUAGUCGCUAUCCAUGCAAAAUCGGACAGAAGAUUCAUCUCAUGAUCACUGAAACCAAGAAAUUCACAGGAUCAUUGAGGGUUGGCUUCACCUUCACUGACCCCGGGUCAAUAGAUCAGGACUCUCUACCAUCACAUUCCUACCCAGACCUGGCCCAGAAACCUGGGUUUUGGAUAAAGCCCCUUCAUGACAGGCUUGCACAGCAGGGAAAUGUGGUGACGUUCAUGGUGGAUUCAUCAGGAGAUGUGUUCUACUCCAUCAACGCAAAAGACAGAGGACUGUUCUUCAGCGGAGUAGAUGUGUCUGGACCCCGUAUCUGGGCAGCAAUAGAUGUCUAUGGAAGUACCGUCGCAGUAAAAUUUGUUGAUGAGGCGGAUGCACAUGACAAAGGGAAUAAGGCCAUUCACGAGGGUGAUCUGGUGAGGCUGGAGGUAGACAGUGUGGAAACUCUCGAGUGGCUGCAGGAAGGCCAUGGAGGACUGGGUGACUUAGGAGAAUUCAUCAAGCAGGAUGGAGUUGUUAUUCGACUUGAUGAUGAAGAAGACGUGCUCAUGCGGUUCAACAGCCACAAGAAGUUGUGGUGUGUUAACCCAGCAGCUUUACAGAGGAUUGGUGCAGCUGAUCCUGAUUCCUCCAUGAUUAUAGAAGGGGACCUGGUGACAGACAUAUCUAAGACCAAUGAGAGCCCUGGACGAGUGAUGAAAAUCACUGUAAGCGGUGACUAUUGUGUCAAGUACAUGUCAGGAGAGACAACGGAACUCACUGCCGAUGAUCUAAGGAAAGUGAAAAUGGCUCCAGGAGAAGCUUGUGAGAAAGGUCUUCACUUCUGGAAACGUGGUGUGGCUAAAGUGUGCACAGACUGUGGCCAGUGUACAGACAAGGGGGCCAGCUGUAACUUAAAAGCGAGUCCUCUCCGUUCUCCUGGCAGCCCAUGCGGCUGUGGAAAUAAAGAAGAAGGAUGUGCAGACUGUGGGCUGUGUCGUGCCUGUGCUGGAGAGACAAAAGAAGAAAGUGACGAUGAAGAUGGGGAUCUCGGAAAGCUGCUCCGUGCAUGGGCUAAGAGACAUGUUGGGGAAGAACAGGAAGAGGAAACUGCACACGGCAUGACAAAAGGAGACAAAGUGAUCGUUGACACAGAUGCUGACACCUUCCGUGUGCUGCAAGAGGAAAGCAAGCUGCGUUGGAAUGAGGAAAUGCGAAAAGUGAUUGGUGUGGAAGGGACUGUUGUUCAAUCCGCUAAAAAGAGUGUGACUGUCCAGUUUCCAGAUGGCGUAAAGUGGUCUUUGGUUCCAGGGUGUCUAAAAAAGACCUCACCUGGCCAGCACGAAGACAGAUCAUGGAUUAAAAAAGGUGAACUUGUGAAGGUGCUCAAAGACGAAAGAAAGGUCAAGAGGCUACAACAAGGGCAUUGCGGCUAUAAGCAUGACAUGCAGGCGUCCCUUGGGAAGACAGGAUGUGUGCUUAUAGUAAAAAAGGAUCAAGUUAGGGUGGAGAUCAACUACAAGAGUUGGUGGUUUAACCCUGAAGCACUCACCCCUGCCCUACAAGGAAGCGUAGAAAAAGUGCCUGCUGCACGCCAAUUGAUAGUGGGGGACCAGGUCAAGGUGGACCUGGAUGUGGAGACUUUUAAGACCAACCAAGCUGGCCAUGGAGGAUAUGUCAGCAAGAUGGCUGAGUUGGUGGACCGAGUUGGUGUAGUGCAUCAGAUUGACAUUGAUGGUGAUGUGAUUGUCUACUACCCCAACGGCACAAGGUGGUGCAUCAAUCCCUUGAGUCUGGGGAAACUGUCUCCAGAGGAGUGUGGUGUAGUGGACGUCAGUGGUGUCAUGGAGAUUGGAGACUGGGUCAAAGUUGAGUCUGAUAAGAAGAAAAUCAAGCAUGUCCAAGAAAGGACGGUGAACUGGGAUGAAGGCUACUACGACGCUGCUGGAAAAGUCGGACAGGUGCAAACCACAUAUCCAUUCAAUGACCUGGUGCGUGUAGGCAUUGAGCACAAAGGAUACCCACUCAACAUUUCCCUUGUCACAAAGGCGACUGCACAGGACAUACAUGAGGCCUUUGGAUCUGGGGAUGUGGCAAAUCCUGGUAUUGCUAGAGGUGACCUGGUGAAGAUUGGGGUCAGCUUAGAACAACUGAAAAGAAUGCAAGAUGGACAUGGUGGAUUUGUGGACCAUAUGGAAGAGGCGAUUGGAACCAUUGGUUCCGUGAGUUACAUAGACAGAGAUGGAGAUGUCAGUGUCAGAUUCAGUGUGAAAAGGCUUUGCUACAAUCCAGAUGUCCUGACAAGAGUCUCCCCAGUGGAGGACAUCUUCCAUGUUGGAGACAUUGUUCUCAUUGAGUCAGACAAGGGCAGACUGAAGCGUCUCCAAACUGAGGAACAUGGCGGUUACAACGAAAGGAUGCUUACGACCUGUGGGAAAACUGGAAGACUACAUUGCCUAAUCAGCCAGACGAGAAUAAGAGUGAAGGUCCAAGGAAAGGUCUGGGUAUUCAACCCAGACCUACUGACACGAAUGGGCAACCCAGGCCUUGGUACUGGUGACUGGCAGUCAGCUACAAUCUGUGCUGAAGGACGGCAUGAUUGGAGCCGGGGCCGCUGUCUCGUGUGUGUUAAGUGUGGAGAAUGUACCAACUACGGAACAUUGUGUCCUGCUCGUGGCAAACCAGGAAGAUACCCGGGCAGUUUGUGUGGCUGUGGCAAUGGCGAUGCUGGCUGCGAUGACUGUGGAUACUGUAGAAGAUGUGCAGGGGAGCCACAUCUUAAAGACAGAGAAGAUGAUCAGGAUGAUGUCGUGAAGAAGCUACUUGCCGGGCUGGGUGAUGAUGUGGGUGGGCUCUUCACUGGACCUCUACAUGAAGCUGUUAUGGAGUGGUUGGGCAAGAAAGCUGACAAAUCUGAAACGCCAGGCCAUGACCGACUUGAAAGACCUGCUCCGCCAAGGGAAGAGAUGGUACCAGUCCUGAAGAAGAUGAGCCAGGCCAUAGAGCUGAUGAGGGAAUGCAAAAACCUCGACUCUCUCAAUGCGGUGAAGAAUGCUUUGACCAACGACUGCUUCAUCCCGUUUAAAAAUUACACGGCUGAAGCAGACGGGCGGCUGAUGGCAGACACAUUGGCCAACGUCGAUGGACCACAAGUCUUUAUGGACUAUCUGCAGCUCCUGUCCUCCUCAGUCAGUGAUGGAAGUAAUGCUGAAGUAACGUCAGGCUCACUAGAGUGCAUUGAAUUGCUGCGCGAGCUUCUGAUUUCCUGCACACAUAACAGCUUUGAGUUCUGCCGUGCUGUGGGGAGAUGCGGUCUACUUCAGAUGCUCGUACAGGAUCUUGUGGCUCUUCAUAAAGUCGCCGGAAAUGGGAGCACCGGGCUAAUGAUCCAAUCUCUUCUUGUCAUCCUUACUAAUUGUGCAAGAACACCAGACAACCAAGAGUGUUUCACCCGCUGUGGUGCCGCAGAAGCCCUUAAACCGUAUCUUAGGAACAGAGAUGCAGAUAUCAGGGUCCUCACACUUUCCUGUUUGGCAUUCAUUGUUGAAAAUCAAAACAUGCAUCUUAUUAGAUUGAAUGUAGAUGGUGCAGAGCUGAUUGUGUCCCUGCUAAAGAAAGCCCUUGACGACCCUGAUCACUCAACAGAAGUAGGAAACUACUUCUACCCUGUCUUUGAGAUUGCUACUAUGCUUGGUGCCCUUGUACAGAAUGAUGAAAACAAGCAGGUAUUCGUCACAAAUGGUGUGGUGGACUUGCUCUUAAAGCUGAUAGAAACUGGUAAUGAUCGAGAGAAGGAAGCCGCCAUCCUGUGUGUCCAGAAGCUGGCCUACAGUGAUCACAUCCGCGCCCUGAUACGGAAAGAUACAAGAGCCGAGGAGGUGUUGAGAGCCACGAAACACAGCAGAGGUCUUUCCUCUGUUGUUCGAGAUGUGGCAGCAGCUGCUCUGCAGAUCCUUAGAGAUGGACCGCCCAGAGUGCUUGAAGACCCAAGCGGAGGACCAGGAAGAAUCAGCACCAUCAACUACUCUGACCUGACAGUUAAGGAUGCUGUUGGAAAGGGUGCAUUCGGAGAAGUCUGUAGGGGCUAUCACAAGAAAUGGAUGGUGGAUGUGGCAGUGAAGAAACUCAAUUCCAAAUCACGAGAGGAAUCAGUAAAGCGCAGCAAAGCACUAAUGGAGGAAGCCAACUUCAUGUAUCGAGCAAGGAAUGCAAACCGGUUCAUUGUAGGUUUGUAUGGGGUGUGCAUCGAAGACACCUUCACAGCUAUGAUCAUGGAGUUCAUGGCCAAUGGGUCUGUAGGGGACCUACUGUCCCGUGUCAAACAUGUGCCCUGGGCCUUGAAGUGGAGAAUCCUUCAAGAAACCAUCCUGGGGAUGAACUUCCUCCACUCCCUGGAUCCACAGAUCAUCCACCGUGACCUCAAGGUCCAGAAUGUCCUAUUGGAUGAAGACUUUCAUGCAAAGAUAUCAGACUUUGGUUUGGCAGAGUACAAGCCACUCACAAGCAUUGGAGAUGAGAAGGGGAAUCUGUGUGGGACCAUCACACACAUCGCACCAGAACAUUUCAAGGAUCCAUACAUGAAGGCAGGGGCGAAGUUCGAUGCAUACAGCUUUGGAAUAUUCAUCUGGGAGGUCCUAACAGGAAAAAGGCCAUAUCGAGAAAUUGGCAUUGGUGGGAUCAUCAGGGAACGAGUCAUGGAAGGAAGACGUCCUGACAAAAAGCACAUCCCGAGAGAAGGCCCUAAUGAGCUUUCUUUCUUCGUCCACUUGAUGGAGAAGUGUUGGGAUCAGGAUCCCCAGAACAGGCCUACAUUUAGAGAACUUGGAGAGCAGGUAAAGAUAGUGACACAGAAAACGAAUGCCCAGGUCGCUCAGGCAAUUCAAGAUGUGCUGAAGGAGCAAGGUGAGGUGGACAGCACACAUCAAAGUCAGAGACUUGAUGGAAGAUUAGCAAGUCUUGUGAGAAAACUUGGCCUCGGCUAAUAUUGGAAGCAAAUUAAAAGUGAAGAACAUUACUUUGGUUCAACUACAAAAUGUAAUUUAGUAGCUAUAUUAUCUAUUCAUAGACUGAGGCUAUAACUAUGGUUUGGUUUUGAAAUAAGCUAUGUAUGAUUUUCCGAAUUAAGAUACAUUGUAUAUACCCAAACAAAUUGGCUUGACACAGUUGUACUUGUAUAUACAAUGAGAUGCAAUGUUGUUAUUAUGUCAUGUGUAUGUAUGCGUCAUGUAAAUUUAAAAAAUGCUAAAACAUUUGAAAAAAAAAAUCAAACUUGGAAAUCGUUUCACAAAACAAUGACUAUACUUCAUUUGGCACUGAUUUGUUUUCAAUGAGCAUAUUUACCUUGUAAAUAUUAUGUGAUACACAAUGUAAUCAUAGUAAACGCAUGGUGACUAGGUCAGACCACAUAGCUUGUUAACGUUAGGCCGCAACAUCUGUUAUGUAAUAGUAUGUUUAUCAGAGUUGUAACUGACACUGUUAACUGAUUCCCG